UCUCUCUCUGCAGCAGAUUUGAAGAUUGUGAAUCAGUGAAGCUUAAGCACCUCCAAAAAUUAUCAAAUUUCCUUCUGAUCUUUGUUCUUCUCCAUGUUCUUUCAUUUCUUUUUUAUUUCUUCUAGAUCUGAUCAUAACUUCAUCCCGGUGUACCCAAAAUUCAUCGGAAAAGCAGAAGCAAAAAGAACCGGUUCGAAUCUCAAAAACCGGUCACAGUUCUCAGAACCGCACGGUCCGACCAGGGUUCGCACGAGUCCUUAUUUUUUUCACAUAGAGCGGUUCUUGAAGCUAAAAAAAACUGCAAAACUGAAAGGUUCACGAUUUUUCUGAUCGGACCGUACGGUCCAGUCUGGGUUUCAAAACCAUGAUUCUCCCCCACACACACACACGCACAAAAUAAUAAAAAGGUUUAAGAGUUGUAUUUUUUCCCUAGUUUUAUUUUUCGUUGGAGGUAGGUUUGUGUGGAUAACAAUUAGUUCAGUCACUAAAUUAUUUUCAAUUAUUUACCAAAAGGAUUGACUUCAAUUUACACGAUAAAUACAAUUCAUGAAAAGGAAAAUGUUAAUUUUUUGGUAUCCCAAUAAUUUAAUAUAAUAUGUAGGAUAUUAUCAUUUACACUCUUAAACUAUACUCUUUUUACACUUACUUCAUGUACCAUGAGAAUGCAUACUUAUUAAACUAUACAUUUUUUUUAUACCUUCCAUCAUAAACUAUGAAAAUAUACAUUUUACUCCCCUAAAUUACACCACUUUUACACUUAUUCCUUUAAAAUAUGAAAAUACAAGCUUACAUCACUAAACUAUUACCCAUAGAAUGGGGGGCUAAGUGUUAUACGGUAAAAAAUUUAAAGCCUAAGUGGACACUUUCAUAAUUUAUGGGGGCAAGUAUUAUAUAGGAAAUAAUUUAGAGGGAAUAAAAUAUUCAUUCUCUUAAUUUAUGGGGUAAGUAUAAAAGAAGGUAAAAUGUAAUUUCUAAUUUAAUAUAGUAUAUGGGCAUGGCACCCUAGAAUAUAGGAAGGAAAAAUACUAGAUAAGAAUUAAAUAGAAACUCCAAAUAUCACCUUGAUUUGAUAAAAACCAAAAAGAUUUUUGAAUUAUCAAGAAAAUUUGUCCAAUUGAAAAUAAGUAGUUUCCUAGAAUGUAUUUUCAAUUGAAAAUACUUUUGAGUGGAAAAUAUUCCAAAAUAGUUCAAACACUUUUUUUUUUUUUUCAUUAUGUCUACACAAGCUACGGUUCGUGUCCAUUUUUCUAUUAUCUUACAUUGUUAAUUGUUUAAGAAGUCAUCUGCGUCUCAUGUGCUUUUACUUGUAUAGGUGUUAGAGUAAUUGGCUAGAGUUCUUAAAGCAGUCGUUUGAGUUUGUUAGAAGCUGUUAUUAAUGUUCUAAUGGCUAGUUACUUAAGUAACUUAAUGGUAGCCUCUGUUUUCAUUGUAUAAAACAAAGGAACUUUUUCCAGAUUAGUCGAUUUAAUGAACUCAAUUUUUCAUUCUGAUUUACUUGCUCAAUUGAUCUUCUCUGCAUAGUUUUAGCACAUUCCAAGUGAAGUUUUUCACAUAUAUAGUUGGGAAAUCAUGCUUGCCAUUUUGCUCGACCUCUUCCUUUUAAAACUUCGAAUCUCGUCUUCACCUAGCAUUAUCUCCAUGGUAACUUGACAUGCGCUUUUCUCCAUGAAAAUCCUAUGUGGAGUCUGAAACCAAAUCAGAUUGCCAUUCUGUAAUCUUGAGUUUAUGGUGUAUUCAGUAUUGUUUCUGCCUUAUGUGGUAAGGAUUUCAUGACUAGAUCAUAUCCUUGCUACAUCAUCUAAUAGGGCCCGGACUGAUGCUUCUUAUAACAAAGGCGGUGGUGGUGAGCAGGUAUAUAUAUAUAUUCUCGGGAAUGAAAAUCCUAUGUGGAGUCUGAAACCAAAUCAGAUUGCCAUUCUGUAAUCUUGAGUUUAUGGUGUAUUCAGUAUUGUUUCUGCCUUAUGUGGUAAGGAUUUCAUGACUAGAUCAUAUCCUUGCUACAUCAUCUAAUAGGGCCCGGACUGAUGCUUCUUAUAACAAAGGCGGUGGUGGUGAGCAGGUAUAUAUAUAUAUUCUCGGGAAAGAUAAGAUACCGAGAUGUGACAAAUAUAUAUAUUUUUAGAUAAUUGCCGUAUGCUUCUAAUCUCACAGUUCGAACAAUUUCCUUGUUAAACUUCUAAGCACUUUGUGCAUGCAACAGUACCAAUUAAUGUACAAGACUCUUGCCAUGAGCAAUUCUAUAGGUUGUGGGUGUUGGUAGUCAGUUGUCCCCUACCCCUCCCCCAUAUUUUAAAUGAUUUCCUAUUCUCGAUUCUCCUACAGCUUGAUCCUUUGACUAUAAUAUUUUGAGCUUCAAGGAUGUUUUUCCACACACAAGAUGAUUUGGUUUCUAUUACACCACCAUGAAGGAGCAAUAUGAAGCAAAGUACCUAGCCUUGAGAUCUUGGUGUAGUAAGGAAAAAAGGAACCUGGUAUAUGAAAAAGAUGUUCAGUUCUGAUAUUAUCAUUGACGUUAAAGAUGUCACGCCCGCCCAGCGGCACCCCAUGUGUUGCAUCUACAAGGUCCCCAACAAACUUCGCGAGGUAAAGGAAGAAGCCUACACUCCAAAGCUUAUUUCAAUAGGCCCUGUACAUCACAACAAGAAGGAACAGGACAACAAAAUGGAACAGGACCACAAGAAGGAACUGGAGAAUAUGGAACGUUUGAAACUAAAAUAUUUCAAGGAAUUCUUUUGCCAGACAACUUGUAAAGGCCAGAAGGAAUUUGCAGACAUCAUUGAGAACAGAGAAGAGACUAUCCGCCAUUGUUAUGCAGAAGAGAUCUCAUCUUCUUUACCCGAAAAGAAAGAUUUCUUGCAAAUGAUUCUAUUGGAUUCUAUCUUUAUCAUUGAGCUCUUCUUGAGGACUGCUGCAAGGGAAGGAUAUGAGAAGGAUGAUUAUAUAUUAAGUAAACCAUGGCUGGAGGAAGGCAUAAAGCAUGACUUGAUAUUACUUGAGAAUCAACUUCCAUUUUUUAUUCUUGAUGAUUUAUAUCGUCACAUUGGAAGGUUUCCAGGCUUUCAUAAUUCUUUUCUUAACCUUGCCUGGAAUUACUUUUUUCCCAAUGACAACUGCAAGAACAUACCCAAAAAGAAGGAAGUAAAACAUUUCACUGAUUUGCAGAGAUAUUUCUUCUAUUCACCCAAAUUGGAAAGUAGUGACAGAAUUAUUGAACAUCUAUAUAGUGCAACAAAGCUGGACACAGCAGGAUUGAAUUUCAAGAAGUGGGAGAAAAAACCACCAGAAGAAGAUAGACGUUUGCUUGACAUUCAAAUCAAGAAGCCGGAUCCCUUGGAAAUUUUUCCAUGCUUCAAUUGUUCAUGGCUCUUGCAUUGCUUACCUUGCUUGAAAUGCUUUUGGUGCUUGAAACGUAUGCAAACUAGCUUGGUAAUCCCACCCUUUGUGAUAAAUCAUGGAACUGAACACAUUUUCCGAAACAUCAUGGCCUUGGAGCAGUGUCAUUAUCCAAAAGAAGCUUACAUAUGCAAUUAUAUCGUGCUAUUGGAUUUUCUUAUAAACACUAGAGACGAUGCGGAGUUGCUUGUUGACAAAAAGAUUAUUGUUCACUCGCUAGGCAGCAAUAAAGAAGUUGCCAAAAUGGUUAACAAACUUGGCAAAGAAAUUGUGGAAAAAAAUUCAUGUUACCUUAAGGUCGCUGAAAAUCUUAAUGAACAUUAUGAAAACUGGUGGAAUAAAAAUAUCGCAUCCUUGAAAACAGUAUAUUUCCGUGAUAUUUGGAGAGGCACCGCAACUUUUGUUGGAAUUAUAGUCCUGCUUGUAACUGUCGGCAAUUUCCUUAGGCCUUUUGUCUAUCACAAAUAAGUUUCCUUUAUUAUGGUACUGUAAUAUCAGUUGGAAAUUGGGCUUUGGUUGUA